AUGAGUAAUUCAUACAUAGUUGAAAAGAUUUUGGCUAAGCGGAAGAAUAAAACUAGUGGUAAUGAAGAAUAUUGUUUGAAAUGGAAAGGAUAUCAAAGAACAACUUGGGAGCCAGCCAAAAAUCUUACCAAUUGUAAGCAAUUAUUAGAAGAAUUUGAACAAAAUCAGAGCAAAGUUGAAACACUAAAAGCAAAAUCAACAUUAAAAAAUACCACUGAAAAUAAUGGUACAUCAAUUCCUCAUACACGUUCUCAGAAUAAAACACCUCAAUUAACAAUAUCGACUUUAAAUGGACGCUAUAAACAUUUGAAAAAUGAUGAUAGUUUAACAUCGAACAAUAAUAUCAAAACUAGUCAAUCUCGAAAACGACGUUUUGUUGAAAGUGUAGAUAGUUUAAAUGGUAUGGUUCCAACAGUUCAAGAAGAUGGUGAUAAAACAAAAAGAUCUCUAACAAGAGUAACAUCAACGCCUGCUGAUAUUGUUUCUUCAACUGAUCCAAGUCCAUUUGAUACAUUGAAGCUUGAAAUAGAACAAAUUUUAGAUGUUCGCACAAUCGAUAGAGAUGGUACUUACUACUUAUGUAAAUAUAAAAAAACAAGGCAACAACCUCAAUGGAUACAUAAAAAACAUUUAAAUUCUAUUAUGGAAAAAGUUGUCGAUUUUUGGGAAGAAAAUCAUCAUGACCUUAAUCGCACUUAA